AUGGCCAGCAUGGAUGCACAAAAAAUCGCCCAUCUCCAAUUGCAGCUGAAUGAAAAGCUCGCAGCCUUCAAGCACGAGGAGGCGAACAUCAACAAAAACAUGGCAUCUUGGGUCGCUCUUAACGACCUGAGCAAGCGCAUCAAGGAAGUGUUCCCAGAGGUCAAAGACGUUAUCGACCUAUCUUCCCCUGAAGCAGCAAGCGCUCUUGCCGGCAGCAAACUCAUUUUGAAUCACGACAUUCGCAUCAAUCAAGUCAUGGCAAGCAUGAGGGAGAACUUCAAGCAAAUUUGCAAGAUGCUGGAGGAAGCCCAAGCAAUUGUCGAUCAGCUGAAGCAGGAUAACAAGGACAACAAGAGAUAUGAAGAGGUUCUGAAGGCACUCGACAAGCCCAGAGCUGACUGGGCGAUUACCAUCAGGAGGAUGGCUGCCAUCAUGCAGAGACUCGGUUGA